GCCACCAAAGAAGCCGAAAAGGCUGCCAGACAAAGAGAAGAGGCUGCCAGACAAAGAGAAGAGGCCGCCAGAGAAGCCGAAACCCAGUUGGAAAUGACAAAAAUAUCGACAGAGUUGCAUGUGCUGCAGCUAGAAGGAGAAGGAGAAGCUGCCAGGGUGGAAGCAGAGUACAUAGAAGAAGCUGAAGGGUCGCGUGAUCUGACCGAAACAAGUUCUGCUUUGGAAAGGACCAGACUGGAACGCACGAGCGACUAUGUACAAUAUCAAGCAGACAGGCAGGCUCGUCUCCCCUCUCCAUACCUAUUCGAUAACUUCCCCAGCUACGAGGAAGAGAAUUUACCCUCGCGGCCCCGCGAUGAAGUCAAGAAUGAAAGAGCUGACAACCGAUAUACUUUGACACCAAAGUUACAAAGUUCGAUGCGAAGAGACGCGGAGGUUGAAUCCAGGAUGGCAAAUUCCAUGAGAAACGUGCGUUCUCAGUCAUAUGGGCGCCAACGUACUUCUCCAGCCCGCAUGCCGCUUGCAGCCGAUCCCACGCUGCAGUAUUUAGCACGACGGGAUCUCGUCACUUCGGGACUGUACCAGUUUGACGAUAAACCCGAAAAUUACCGUGCUUGGCUCUCCACAUUCACCAACGUGAUUGACGGGGUCCAGCUCAGUGCAACCCAAAGGUUGGACCUUAUGGCGAAAUGGCUGGGGAAAGAAUCACGCGACCAGGUGAGACGCAUGCGUUCAGUGUACAUCAACAAACCUGAGCUAGCCUUAAGCGAAGCGUGGGAGAGACUUUGGGAGAGAUAUGGGGCCCCCGACAUUAUUGAAGCGGCGCUAUAUCGACGUCUGGGAAACUUUCCUAAGGUGUCAGCCAAAGAUCACUUUAAGUUAAGAGAAUUCGGAGAUUUACUCAUGGAGAUCCAAGGCGCCAAAGAAGAUGGCUAUUCAGCUGGUUUAGUAUUCCUAGAUACUCCAUCCGGGAUUAGACCAAUUGUGGACAAACUUCCAUUUGGGCUGCAGGACAAGUGGCUGACUGUUGCCUCAGAGUACAAGGAAGACCACGAUGGUCGAUUUCCUCCCUUUGAGCUCCUCACUAGGUUUGUGUGCAAGGAGGCGAAGAGGCGAAACGACCCUAGCCUUGUAGGUCCAGGAAGCAGUUCGAUUUACACCAAGCCAGGCAGAUCCGUUUCGAAUGUUUUCAACAUUGAUAAACCCGUGUCAGUGCUCAAGACCGAAGCCCUUACAACUAACAACGACCCUGGCAAGUAUUGUCCAUUGCAUAACAAACCUCACCCCCUGAAAGCAUGCAGAAUGUUUAGGGAAAAACCCCUUGAAGAGAGGACGGCUCUUCUCAAGGAGAAAAGAAUAUGUUUUAGAUGCUGUUCCUCAACCUCUCACCUCGCCAGAGAGUGUACGAUCGCCGUGAAGUGUCCGGAAUGUGGCAGCCCAGAUCACGUCGAGGCCAUGCAUCCCGACCUGUCACCACAAACCGAGAGCGCUCCUUCACCCCCACAACAGGACGGCGGGGAGGGAGAGGCUCACUCUAGGUCAAUAGCUGUCAGCACGAACUGUACAGAAGUUUGCGGUCAAGCUCAGUCAAGUCGUUCUUGUUCCAAGAUCUGCCUCACUAAGGUGUACCCUAAAGGAGCCAAAGACAAGGCCAUCAAAGCCUAUGUGAUUCUGGACGAUCAGAGUAAUCGUUCACUAGUCAGUCCAGAGUUCUUUAAAUUGUUCAACAUUGAGAGUGAGCGGUUCCCAUACUACCUCAAAACUUGCUCAGGCAACAUGAAAACCCAAGGAAGGAAGGCAGAAGGCAUCCAGAUCGAGUCCCUGGAUGGUAAAGUCGUCAUCUGUCUCCCUCCGCUCUUAGAGUGCAACGAAAUCAUGAAUAACCGCGCUGGGAUCCCGACACCAAGUGCGGUGCUACACCAGCCGCAUCUCCACCACAUCGCCAAACACAUCCCAGAACUGGAUCCGAAAGCGGAAAUACUCCUGCUAUUAGGAAGAGAUGUUAUCCAGGUACACAAGGUUAGGCAGCAGAUCAAUGGACCACUCAACGCCCCCUUCGCGCAACGUCUGGAUCUGGGCUGGGUGGUGAUAGGAGAGGUGUGUCUCGGUGACGUACACAAACCGAUGGUUAACACACUCAAGACCAAUGUGCUAGAGAGUGGCCGCCAUUCAAUCUUUCAACCCUGCCCGAGUGUCCCGUGCAUCAAGGAAGCACAACAAGGCGUUAACAAGCGCGAGGCAAGCGACGAGUCGCUGGGCCAGUCAGUCUUCGCUCUAACGAAGUAUGACGACAAACUUGCACAAUCAGCUCAAGAUACCAUUUCUUUAAAAACCGAAGACACCAAGGUCUUCAGAGAUGAAGCAAAUAAUGGGGUUGCCCCAUUGCCUAUCAGAGAACCAUGCCAGCGCUCACCAGAUAACAAAGAGCAGGCAGUCAAACGGUUCACGUCCUUACUGAAAACCUGGAAAAGGAAACCUGAGAUACAGCAACGCACCCGAUUGGCCCACGAGGUACUGUGCACCCUAAUGGCAGAGGUCACAGCCAUUAUAAACGCACAAUCAUUCCUACCUGUGUCUUCUGACCCAGAAAACCCCUUUAUACUUUCGCCAUCAACGCUCCUUACGCAGAAGGCAGGAGCACCUCCGCCACCAGGAGACUUUUCAGACAAAAAGCAAUGGAGACAAGUCCAGGCUCUGGCAAAUCAGUUCUGGCCUCGCUGGAGACAAAAAUAUCUACCUUUGUUGCAACAGAGACAAAAGUGGACAGAACCCCGCAGGAAUCUUCAAGUUGAAGACUUAGUCCUGCUCAGGGACAAGCAAGCCGCUCGCAACAGCUGGCCAACGGCCAGAAUCACUGCUACAUUCCCUAGCGAGGAUGGACAUGUCAGGAAGAUCGAAUUGAAGACUACCGACCAAGGCGAUGUGAAAAUUUACCAAGGGCCAGUUACAGAAGUUAUUCUACUUCUACCCAAUGACUGAUUAAGAGACUAAGUUUUGUACUCUGCUCAUUGUGACCUUACGAAGGUCAAGCGGGGAGUGUGCUGUCUUUACGACAGUUAUUUAGUUUAUAAUAUUUUCGCUUAGUAAUUCAUUCAAUAGUAUUUUCUAGUUAGAAUUAGAAGUGUUUAAAGUGUAUUCAUUGCAUGUAAAAUAUAUCGGCAUGCGAUGACGUCACAUCCGGUUUCGCCGCGUCUUGUGGGAAAACACCGGUUUGAAAUUAGCGCGAGGGUGGGGGCUUUCCACGAGGCUCACCUGAGCACAAGCAGUUUUGCAGGCAUGAGAAAUCACAGUGAGAGCAACGCUUUUUCACCAUAUGUUAAUGUGAAGAGUGAACAGUAAAUGGUUAAUCUUACUGCGAUCUGGUUUGCAUUGGCUGUGGUUUAUCCGGACGUUAAAUUCGGCGU